UUGUCAUGCUGCUAUCCAUGACGGUAGGAUUACGGAUGCAGGUGGACAGGUGACCGUGUACAAAAGGCCCGGACAGAACUCGUACCAUGGAUCCAGACAGAAUGGCUUCCAAACGAAUGAUUUUGGACCAUGGCCUAGAUCCUUCGCCUUUGCACCAGUUACCAGAGAGGAAAAGUCGACAAGUACCAGCUGCGCCAGAGACGACUACACGUUCUUCAACGGGAUCUGCUACAAGGCCUAUGGCAGAAACGAGAGGUACAAUGAGGCCCGACAAGUGUGUGCUUCGGACGACGGGAUCUUAGCAAUGCCAAAGGACGAUGCCACCAACAAUUUCAUUAGUCAGCUGUGCGAUGCGGACUGUUGGAUCGGGCUGUCGGAACCGAACGCGGAAGACCUGUGGGAAUGGGAGGACGGUUCGAAUCUCAGCUCGACGGGCUUCAGUGCCUGGGCAAGAAGAGCCGGAAUCCAGAACUCAGGAGCAAGAUCUGAUGAUUCAGGAGAAAAGGUCAUUGAUCAUAAUCAUGAUCAUUCUGAUAACAAAGACUGUGUUCUGCUGCAGCGCAUUGGACCCAAGUGGGACGAGCACGAUUGUACUCAUGGGCACCAUUUCGUCUGUCAAUCAAAUCACGUGAUUCACUCCCAGGUACAGACCGAGUGUAAUGUGCUGACGAACCCUGACCCCAUAGCUCAGGAAGCCCACCUGUACGGCACGACCAUACACUUCACCUGCUCAACAGGGCACACAAUGGUUGGUACAGCAGACCGGGUGUGUCAAGCCAAUGGCCAAUGGAGUGGCUCACAACCCACCUGUCAUGCACACCAUGUGCCAGAGUGUAGACCCCUUCACGCACCUCACCACGGAACGAUCAGUGGGGGCAACAAUCUAGGAGACACUGUGACCUUCUCCUGCGACCCUGGUUACCAGCUAACAGGUUCUGUCACAAGGACCUGUCAAUCAACAUUGGACUGGUCUGGGACACAGCCGACUUGUACCAAGGUCCAGUGUCCCGAGGUGACCACUCCGCCCAAUGGACAGAUAUCUCGUCACCACUUUGAAUAUGGAAAUCAUCUGCAGUUCUCCUGCAAUGCUGGUUACGAACUGGUAGGUGGCAGCUCUGAAAUAACGUGUCAGGCUGAUGGAACGUGGGAUGGAACAGCACCAGUGUGUAACAAGAUACAGUGUCCCCCAGGCCAAUCCCCAUCACAUGGCCAUGUGACAGGUAACAUUCAGUAUGGUGACACCAUCAGCUACAACUGUGAAGCAGGGUACGUCCUGACCGGCGAUGCCACCAGCACUUGUCUCAGUACAGGGGUGUGGAGCAAUCAGCCGCCACAGUGUACCGCACUGGCGUGUUCCAUGCCCUCUGCCCCUGCGCAUGGUUCAGUGGAUGGUACCACUUUCUUUGGGGAUGUGAUAACCUACACCUGUGACCCUGGCUACACCCUGAGUGGAGCCUCCACCCAGACAUGUCAGAGUAACCAGCAGUGGUCAGGCACUCCACCAACUUGUCAAAAACUUCAGUGUGCAAGCCUGGCUGCCCCUGACCAUGGGACAGUGAGUAGCAGCACCAACUUUGUCGGAGACACAGUUACCUUCUCCUGCGACCCUGGGUUCGAGAUCCAAGGCUCUACAGAUCGGCUCUGUCAAGCAGACGGAACAUGGUCGGGAACACAACCCAGGUGUAGAAGGGUAAGGUGCCCAGCACUGACUGCUCCAGCCAAUGGGGACAUGACUGGAAACAACAGGUACGAGAGCCAGAUGCAGUUCAGCUGUAACAGUGGGUACCAGCUGGUUGGCAACGCCACCCUCACCUGCCUGGCUGACCAGACAUGGAGUGGACCGGUGCCGAACUGUAGCCCGGUUCAGUGCCCCUUCUUGCAACUGUCCAAUGGCUUUAUAACUGGAGGAACUGUGUUUGGUGACACGGCCAGCUUUGGUUGUGACCCCGGAUACCUCUUGAUUGGUCAAGCCACCACCACCUGCCUAAGCACCGGUACCUGGAGUGCUGCAACUCCUACAUGCACAAUAAAGACCUGUCAGCCACCUGUGGCUCCAAGCCAUGGGUCAGUGACUGGUGGGAACACCUACGGGGACGUGGCCACAUACGCCUGCGAUCCAGGCUACGAAAUGGUCGGGAGCCCCACCCAGACAUGCCAGGACAAUGAGCAUUGGUCAAUCGCUUCACCAUACUGUUUAAGAAUGGAGUGUGCCAAACUGGAUGCACCCGUGCAUGGGUCCAUCAGUGGGACAAGCUACGUCGGUGAUACUGUGACCUUCUCCUGCGACACUGGGUACGAGAUUACCAGCGGUUCCUCCUCACGGACCUGUCAAUCAACACAGACCUGGACUGGCACACAGCCAACUUGUACAAAAAUCAAAUGCCCUACUGUGAGUGCCCCUGCCAAUGGUAACAUGGUGGGAAGUAUAGAGUUCGGUGACCAGCUACAGUUCUCCUGUAGUCUCGGUCAUCAGCUCAUCGGUAGCAGCACACUGACAUGCCAGGCUGACCAGACAUGGGACGGGGCAGUAACAACAUGCAGUCCCAUUCAGUGCCCACCCCUACAGUCUCCACAGAAUGGCCAAGUCAGCGGUGGUAGCUCCUAUGGGGACACAAGCACCUACACUUGUGAUAUCGGUUACCUUCCGUUUGGGUACAGCACCACAGAAUGCCUCAGUACAGGCACUUGGAGUUCACAGCCACCACAAUGCAUACUGAAAACCUGCCCCCCACUGACAGCCCCCAAUCACGGCAGUGUGGUUGGUGGGAACAACUACGGGGAUGUUGCCCACUACGCCUGCGACCCAGGCUACGACCUUGUCGGGACACCAUCACGGACGUGUCAGGACAACCAGCUCUGGAGUGGGACAGCACCAUCCUGUAUUAAAAUGGAGUGUGCAAUCCUGGACCCACCUACCCAUGGGACAAUCACCGGCACCAACUUCGUUGGGGACACUGUGACCUUUGCCUGUGACCCUGGGUACGAGAUCACUGGUGGUACCUCCAACAGAACAUGUCAAUCAACACUGGACUGGUCUGGAAAACAACCAAUUUGCUCAAAGAUACAGUGUCCGCUCUUCAUUGCCUUAGCCAAUGGACACAUGACAGGUGGUAAUAGCUACGGUGACCAGUUACAGUUCCAGUGUAGUGCCGGCUAUCAGCUGGUGGGAAGCAGCACCCUGUAUUGUCAGGCUGAUCAAACAUGGACCGACGUAGCCCCAACUUGCACCUUAAUCCAGUGCCCUGCUGUCCAGGCUCCACUGAAUGGUGGUGUGGCUGGGGGUAACUUCUUUGGCAACACGGCCACCUACACCUGUGAUGUUGGGUACCUCCUGAUUGGUCACAGUACCAGCACAUGCCUCAGCACAGGCAUCUGGAGCAGUCAGGCCCCUCAGUGCACAUUGAAGACCUGUCAGCCACUUGCGGUUCCAGACCACGGCACAAUGAUGGGUGGAAACAAUUACGGAAACGUCGUCACCAACGCCUGCGACGUCGGCUAUGACCUGAUAGGAAACCCCACCCAGACGUGCCAGGACAACCAGCAAUGGUCUGGUUCCCCACCAAUUUGUCAAAAGGUCCAGUGUGCCCCACUGAGUGCGCCAACUUAUGCAACCAUGACGGGAACAGGAAAUGAGUACGGGGACACCGUGCACUUCACCUGUUUGGUGGGACACACCCUGACAGCAGGAGACACUGACCGAACUUGUCAAGCAGAUGGCACAUGGAGUGGUCUUCAGCCUUCUUGUACAGUGAAUGAAUGUCCACAACUUGAUACACCUACCAAUGGCCAGGUUUAUGGCCAUAAUGCCUACACUGAUGUGAUGGUCUUCUUCUGUAAUGACGGAUAUGAACUGGUCGGUGAUGUUGUGCGACAGUGCAAUCAAGAUGACGGCACGUGGAGCGGGACCCAGCCAUCUUGUCAAAAAAAAGAGUGCCCCCCACUUUCAACACCCAGUAACGGUUUCAUGUCUGGCACAAACUUCUAUGGUGACCAGGUGACCUUCACAUGUCAUUCCGGGUACGAGAUCUCCGGAAGUGCGGUCUUGACCUGUCAGAUGAACCAACAGUGGAACGGAACCCAGCCAACGUGUGAACGGAUUCAUUGCCCACCAUUGAGUCCCAUAGCCAAUGGACAGAUGAGCGGAGGUCAUCUGUUUAAUGACCAAGUCAUGUUUGUGUGCAACUCUGGCUUCGAUCUCAGUGGAAGUUCCUCACGGACAUGUCAGGCAGAUGGAACAUGGUCUGGAAUACAGCCUGUUUGUGACCCCGUGGUAUGCCCAGACACGUCAUCCCCUGCCCACGGCUCAGUGACUGGAGGGCUGUAUCUCGGUGACACGGCAACAUACUCCUGUGACCCUGGGUAUGAACUACAUGGAAGUGCCACCCAGAUAUGUCAGGCCGACCAAACAUGGAGUGGGACACAGCCAACAUGUCACAGAAAGUCAUGCUUGACACUGGACCCCCCUCUGAAUGGUAAAGUCAAUGGUUCCAACCUAUAUGGAGACAUGGUAACCUUCACUUGCAAUGUUGGGUUUGACUUGGUGGGCGACCAGACAAGGACCUGUCAGAGUGACCAGCAGUGGAGUGGAUCACAGCCUUACUGUCAAAAACAAGUCUGCGGUCAGCUGCUACACCCAAGCCACGGCACGGUGUCAGGCGGCACUAACUAUGGCGACCAGGUGACCUUCACAUGUGAUCCUGGGUACGAGAUCUUUGGAAGUGUGACAUUGACCUGUCUUGGGAAUCAGCAGUGGAGCGGAGCUCCACCCGCAUGUACAGUGAUAACAUGCCCACCCCUUAGUCCGGUGAGCAACGGUCAGAUGAAUGGCGGCACCUCAUACGGAGACCAGGUGACGAUUGCAUGCAAUGUCGGGUACAGUCUCAGUGGGAGCCCCUCGCGUACCUGUAUGGCGGACGGAACAUGGUCAGGAGUCCAGCCAGUCUGCAACCACAUGAAGUGCCCUGACCUGGUAGCACCACAACACGGGUCUAUGAAUGGAGGAACAAGUAUCGGCGACACUGUGACGUUCUCCUGUGAUACUGGGUAUGAGCUUGUUGGGACGUCUGACCAGACAUGUGAAGUAACUCAAACUUGGAGCAAUGCAACACCGACAUGCACAAGAUUAGCAUGCCAGAACCUGGACCCUCCCACCUACGGUACGAUAAAUGUAACCGGCAACCUGUAUGGAGACACAGUGACAUUUGACUGCGAUGUCGGUUACCAGCUCAUAGGCAGUCCAACAUUGACCUGUCAGAGUGACCAGCAGUGGAAUGCAUCACCACCUUCCUGUGAAAGAAUACAGUGCCCACCACUGACAUCACCAGCAUUUGGUUGGCACUUUCCUACCCAGUACUACUAUGGGUACAAAGUGACAUUCGAAUGUGAUACUGGGUUCAACGUCAUAGGCAGCGCCACACUGACGUGCCAGGCUGACGGACAGUGGAGCGCAACAGAGCCUACAUGUGAAAGAAUCCAGUGCCCUCCACUCAGUCCUAUAUCAAAUGGUCAGAUGAGUGGAGGCGGCAGCUUCUUUAAUGACCGGGUGACCUUUGUGUGCGACUCUGGCUACGAUCUCCAUGGAAGCGACAGACGAAUAUGUCUAUCAGACGGCACAUGGUCGGGCAUCCAGCCUGUUUGUAACCGCACCGAGUGUCCUGAUCUGGCUGCACCAGCUAAUGGCUAUGUAACAUUGGGAACAUUCUAUGGCGACACAGCGACGUACAGCUGCCAAAUUGGGUAUGAAAUCGAUGGCGUUGCAGUCAGGACAUGCCAGGCUGAUAAAACUUGGCGUGGGAUGGAGCCGACCUGCACCAGAAAGGAAUGUCCGCUUUUGGAUCCUCCAACCAAUGGCGGAAUAUAUGGGAAUAAUGAUAACCUGUAUGGAGACGUAGUCACUUUCUACUGCCAAACUGGGUUUGAGCUGAUUGGAGGCCCAACACUGACCUGUCAGAGUGAUCAACAGUGGAGUGGGGCACAACCAUACUGUCAAAAAAAAGAAUGCCCACCGCUACAAGCACCAACCAAUGGUUUGACGUCUGGAUCCUUUUCCGUUGGGAGCCAGUUGACCUUCACAUGUGAUCCUGGUUAUAUGCUCAAUGACAAUGCAACACUGUCCUGCUUGGACACACAGGUGUGGAGUGGAACCCCACCUACUUGUGACCCAAUAACCUGUCCUGCUCUGAGCCCACCAUCCAAUGGCCAGAUGAAUGGCAACAGUAACUUGUAUGGAGACCAAGCAAGUUUUGCAUGUGACCUUGGCUUUGAGCUGAAUGGGAGUCCCUCACUCUUCUGUCAGCAAGAUGGAACCUGGUCAGGAGCCCAGCCAGUUUGCAAUGCCUUGCAGUGUCCAACUCUGACUGCACCUGCCCAUGGGACCGUGGCUGGUGGGUCGUCAUUUGGUGAGACUGCCACGUACUCCUGUGAUGCUGGGUACGAGGUGGUGGGAACUUCCACCAGGUUGUGCCAACCUAGCAGGACAUGGAGCGGAAAUGAACCAACUUGUGAAAAAAUAUCAUGUGCAAGUCUGGACGCUCCUCUUAAUGGUGGGAUCAGUGGGUUCAACCAGUAUGGAGAUACGGUGACGUUUGACUGUAGCAUUGGGUUUGAGCUGGUGGGCGACCAGACAAGAAUCUGUCAGAGUGACCAGCAGUGGAGUGGAACACAACCCCACUGUCAAAGACUGAAGUGUCCACAGCUGGGUAUGAUCACAAAUGGUGACUUCACCGGUGGUCUGCAUUAUGGUGACUAUGCCUCUUUCAUGUGCAAUGCUGGGUAUGAACUUCAGGGUAAUAACAGUGCAGUUUGCAUGGAAAACGGACAAUGGAGCAAUCCAGCACCUUUAUGCAUAGCAAAGGAAUGUCCUCCCCUAACAGCCCCACAAGAUGGUACCAUGGCUGGGACCUUUUUCGUGGGCGACAGGGUGACUUUCUCCUGCAAGACUGGCUUUAACUUGGUGGGCAACACCGUUAUAGUGUGCAAGGAGACUCUUACAUGGAGCGGUACUACACCAAACUGUGAAAGUGUUACUUGUCCCUCACUUCUUGCCCCGGUCUAUGGGUUUGUAAGAGCCCCAGGGAAUACUUAUGGUGAUACAGUGACCAUUUCAUGUGAAACUGGAUAUGAGCUCAUUGGUGACAGCAUCAGGACAUGUGAAGCCAGCGGACUGUGGAGUGGCUCCGCCCCUCUUUGUCAAAGGAAAUGCUGUAGUGCACUGUACAUUCCAUUUGGUGAUUAUGCGGGAACCACCUGCUACAACGACACCAUUACCUUCAACUGUGAUCCUGGUUAUGAAGUGUUUGGAGCCACAAAGACAACGUGUGAUGAGACUGGUCAAUGGGACACCGCAGUCCCCCAGUGUCAAAGUAAGUAA